GCGGAUCGAAGCGAGUCCGGGUUAUAAAAGGCGAGAACGAGAGAGAACAGUAGAGAGAAGCGAGCACGGCGGCUGGAGAGAGAAGAGGAAGCGAGAGGGGAGAAACCCUAGAAAUUGAUCAUAAGGUGGCAUCCAUCUCUGAGUCCUGAAUCAUUUCUGUUUCGAAAUUUUUGCUCUUUCUCGGUUUUUUGAGGGAUCAAGGUCCAGAUCGAGGGUUCGUCCGGCGGAUUUGGAGAGACGGGAUUUUCCUGGCUCUAGAUCGGCUGUAGAUCGCUGGAAUGAGCAUUUCGUCGGUUUUAAUGGCGUUCUUGUAAGGGUUCUUGUCUUCCUUAUGCGCUUUUCGGGUGGAUUUUUGGUUCCCGGUGGUCGAGAAGAGGUUUUCUAGGGUUUCGCGUGGGGCGGGGUUUGUUAUUACUGUUUGUUCUUGGAUUUUUGUGUUUAAAGACGGGUGGAGAGCGUGGGCAAGGUUUGUUGAGGGUAUUUAUUUUCUAGUUAGGGUUUUUUUUUCUUCCGGUUUCAGCUCAGAUCUUUCUAGGUUGGGAGAUGAGGGGGGAGAAGAUUCAAGGAGAAAAAUCUGAUUUUUAGAUGUGACUUGAAGGGUUUUACUUCAUAGAUUACCGAGUUUGACCUCUUCGUUUGUUUCUGAGAACUGGGAAAUUGGGGUUCUCGGGCUGGAUCUUUAUAACAAGGUGUUUGGAGUGAAGAAGUCUCGCUAAAGAUUUUCGUGAGAUUGAGAAGGUAAAAAGGGAGUUUCUUUGGAACUGACAAGGGAAGGGAUUCUGUUGUUUGGAGGAUUGCUGGUGUUUCGUCUUUGUCCUUUUCCUCUUCGGAUAUAGAUUGCAGAUCUUGCGCUGGAGCGUUUAGGGAUUCCGGGAACCAUGUCAUCGUUGAGUAGGGAACUAGUUUUCCUGAUACUGCAGUUCUUGGACGAGGAGAAGUUCAAAGAAACUGUCCACAAGUUGGAGCAAGAAUCGGGCUUUUACUUUAAUAUGAAAUAUUUUGAGGAUCAAGUCCAGGCAGGGGAAUGGGAUGAAGUUGAACGGUAUCUUGGUGGGUUCACAAAGGUUGAGGACAAUCGCUACUCCAUGAAAAUCUUCUUCGAGAUUAGGAAGCAGAAGUACCUUGAAGCACUUGAUAGGCAUGACAGGGCAAAAGCUGUCGAGAUACUUGUGAAGGACCUAAAGGUAUUUGCUUCUUUCAAUGAAGAACUUUUCAAGGAGAUCACCCAAUUACUCACCUUGGAGAAUUUCAGGCAGAAUGAGCAGCUUUCUAAGUAUGGGGAUACAAAGUCUGCCCGAAAUAUAAUGCUCAUGGAGCUUAAGAAGCUCAUUGAAGCUAAUCCUCUGUUUCGUGAUAAGCUUACUUUCCCACCUUUUAAAGCUUCUAGGCUGCGUACACUGAUCAACCAGAGUCUUAACUGGCAGCAUCAGCUUUGCAAGAAUCCACGCCCCAACCCUGAUAUCAAAACACUCUUUACUGAUCACUCAUGUGCUGCUCCCACCAAUGGAGCCCGAGCUCCUGCUCCUGCCAAUGGGCCCCUUGUAGGGCCUAUUCCCAAGUCUGGGGCAUUUCCUCCAAUUGGUGCUCAUAGUCCAUUCCAACCGGUUGUUUCUCCAUCUGCAAGUGCCAUUGCAGGGUGGAUGACAAAUGCCAACCCAUCUUUACCACAUGCUGCUGUGGCGCAAGGACCCCCAGGGCUGGUGCAGCCUCCGGGUACGGCUGCAUUUUUGAAGCAACCAAGGACUCCAACAAGUGCUCCUGGUAUGGAUUAUCAAACAGCAGAUUCUGAACACUUGAUGAAGAGAAUGCGUACUGGCCAGUCAGAUGAGGUGUCAUUCUCUGGUGUAUCUCAUCCAUCUAAUAUGUAUUCUCGAGAUGAUAUUCCCAAAACAGUGGUACGGACCCUUAAUCAGGGUUCGAAUGUCAUGAGCUUGGAUUUCCAUCCAGUACAACAAACAAUUCUUCUAGUUGGAACCAAUGUUGGUGAUAUUGGGAUAUGGGAAGUUGGAUCUCGUGAAAGGAUAGCACACAAGACUUUCAAGGUUUGGGAUAUCUCAGCUUGUUCUCUGCCCUUACAGGCAGCUUUAAUGAAAGAUGCUACAAUAUCCGUCAAUCGGUGCUUAUGGAAUCCUGAUGGAUCUAUUCUUGGUGUUGCAUUUUCAAAGCAUCUUGUUCAGUUAUAUGCUUUUAGUCCAAAUGGAGAGCUGAGACAACAACUGGAGAUCGACGCUCAUAUAGGCGGCGUUAAUGACAUUGCCUUUUCCCAUCCCAACAAGAGUUUGUCGAUAAUUACAUGCGGUGAUGACAAGAUGAUUAAGGUCUGGGAUGCUUCAACAGGACAGAAGCAAUACAUGUUUGAAGGGCAUGAAGCUCCUGUGUAUUCUGUCUGCCCUCAUUAUAAGGAGUCUAUCCAGUUUAUCUUCUCCACUGCUAUUGAUGGGAAAAUCAAAGCAUGGCUAUAUGAUUGUUUGGGAUCUAGAGUCGACUAUGAUGCACCUGGGCAUUGGUGCACAACAAUGUCAUACAGCGCAGAUGGAACAAGGCUCUUUUCAUGUGGAACUAGUAAAGAUGGCGAUUCCCAUUUAGUUGAGUGGAAUGAGACUGAAGGAGCUAUUAAAAGGACAUACUCUGGCUUCAGAAAACGUUCGUUAGGUGUUGUCCAGUUUGACACAACUAGGAACCGAUUCCUUGCUGCGGGAGAUGAAUUUAUGAUUAAAUUUUGGGACAUGGAUAAUACCAGUAUACUAACCACUACAGAUGCAGAUGGUGGUUUGCCUGCAAGUCCACGUCUAAGAUUCAAUAGAGAAGGUUCAUUGCUUGCAGUUACAACAAGCGACAAUGGUAUUAAAAUCUUGGCUAACACUGAUGGGCAGCGCUUGCUAAGGAUGCUUGAAAGUAGGGCAUUUGAGGGAUCUCGAGGGCCUUCCCAACAGAUCAACAUGAAGUCUCCACUUGUCAAUGCGUUGGGUUCUGUUUCUAAUGUUUCUAGCCCAUUAGCAGCCACCCCUGAGCGCUCUGAUCGAAUCUUACCUGCUGUCUCAAUGAGUAGCCUGGCUCCUAUGGAAAGUAGUAGGAUGGCAGAUGUUAAGCCAAGGAUUUCAGAUGAUGCUGACAAGAUCAAAAGCUGGAAGUUACCUGAAAUUGUGGACUCUGCUCACCUCAAAGCCUUACGGUUACCUGAUUCCAUGACAACUAGCAAGGUUGUGCGUUUGUUAUAUACAAACUCUGGACUAGCAGUGUUGGCCCUUGCCUCCAACGCCAUACAUAAGCUGUGGAAAUGGCAGCGUACUGAACGAAAUCCAUCUGGCAAGUCUACUGCAUCUGUUGCCCCUCAGUUGUGGCAACCAUCAAAUGGAAUUCUCAUGACCAAUGAAACAAAUGAUAGCAACCCAGAAGAAGCAAGUGCAUGUAUUGCUUUGUCAAAGAAUGACUCAUAUGUUAUGUCUGCAUCUGGUGGGAAGGUUUCUUUGUUCAACAUGAUGACAUUCAAGGUUAUGACAACUUUCAUGCCACCCCCUCCUGCAGCCACCUUCCUGGCGUUCCACCCUCAAGACAACAAUAUUAUUGCCAUAGGAAUGGAAGAUUCUACCAUUCAAAUAUACAAUGUUCGGGUUGAUGAGGUGAAAACCAAGCUCAAGGGUCACCAGAAGAAGAUCACUGGCCUUGCAUUUUCCCAGUCAUUAAAUGUGCUUGUCUCUUCAGGAGCUGACGCACAGCUGUGUGUGUGGAGCAUAGAUGGAUGGGAGAAGAAGAAAUCAAGAUUUAUUCAGGCACCAGCUAGUCGUGCUGCCCCAUUAGUUGGGGACACGAAAGUUCAGUUUCAUAAUGAUCAGGCACAUCUUUUGGUUGUUCAUGAAAGCCAACUGGCCAUCUAUGACAGCAAGCUUGAAUGCUUGCGCUCGUGGUAUCCAAGAGAUGUGCUGCCAGCACCAAUUUCAAGUGCGAUAUACUCUUGCGACGGUUUGUUGGUAUAUGCUGGAUUCUGUGAUGGUGCAGUUGGAGUUUUUGAAGCAGACACUCUGAGUCUUCGUUGCAAGAUUGCACCUUCUGCCUACAUAUCACCAUCCAUUUCUAGUGCUGGAUCUGUUUGUCCCAUAGUGAUUGCUGCCCACCCAUCAGAAUCCAACCAGAUAGCCCUAGGAAUGAGCGAUGGUGCGGUUCAUGUGAUCGAGCCAUCGGAUGCUGAGCCAAAAUGGGGAGUGGUGCCAUCUCAGGACAACGGAGCUCACCCAUCCAUGUCCAAUCCAGCGCUGACUACUAAUCAGGCAUCUGAAGCCCCUCCUAGGUGAAUUGGGAGCGAAAACAGUGAGAAGGCUAGGGAAUUGAGCUGACUUGUCUGAAAAGCAGUAGCUCUCCAGCUGCAGAGGUGAUCUCUUUUUUGACUCUCACCCAGUGCCAUACUACUGUCUGUGGGCUGCCAUAUUUUCCCCUGUAAAGGCAUAUCUUGUAAUCUGUUUAGUGCCCUUAAGAUAUUCUUUUGUUGUUGAAUUUGGGAGAAUAUCAGUAUGUAAAUUAUGUUAUUAUUGACAUGGGAAACAUGGCGUGGGCUAAAUUCUGACAUUCCGUCACAGAUGUUUGCGCGCAUUCUCUCC